GGUCCCAGGACAUGAAAUUGGCUCAGCGUGGCUCUGUGGUAAAGAGUGCCUGGGCAUGAGCCCUGAAGACGGAAACAACCUACCACUGCCCGGCCGCCUGUCAGUGCCGCGCAUGAUCGUCGCCCAGUUCGACAGUAUUCGACACGUGCACAUCUAUAAGAGGCUGGCGCCUGAAGUGUUCCGCGUCUUCCAUAACUUCCUCACCUCAUGUAACAGACACGCGUGGUUCACCGUCUUCUUGGCCACGUUUUUGCUCCUCCACCAUGUCGCUUGUGCCUCACAGGACCGCUACCGCUACGCCAAGCAGAAUUGCGAAGGAAAGCCACAGGACACGAGAUAUGGCAACUUAGAUCAGCCGCUAACUGGCUUCGUCGAGGAGCUGCACCAGGGCGCCGUCAUGCUCCUUGCACAUUGGCAAUACUUCAAGCGCUGUGACCUCAUGAACUUCAACUGGGAUGACGUCGGUGACUCCGCACUCAUGUCGUUGGAGCCCUACCAGGUCGAGUUCGUCAAGAAACUUGUUGCGGGCUUCAAGGAGAAGUCCGGGUUGAUUCCGACGACACCGGCCGAGGGUUGCUGGGAGCAUGAGCUGUUUUGGGUCUCCAGGAUGUUCGUUUCCGAGCUCUCGCCGAAGACGGGCUGGAUGCCACCGGAGGCGUUUACCCGCGACAAGCCCAGCGUGGGGAGGGAAUGAGAUAAGCAGGCAGAGCUUUAAGA